UCAUUAUUGUUGUUGUUUAGGUUUGAACAAAUCGGCGCGUACUUUUAAAUUAUUUGAAAUUAAUCUCGAUACAUGAUUGGUUACGCUGAAAGUGAGCUUUCAGUAACAUAAUUAAAAAAAAAAAACUUGCAAAGACAUUAGAAACGUUAUUUUAUCAAAACGAGAAGAAGAAGAAAAAUGUUGCGUUCGAUUGGCCGUCAAAGCGCUUAUUUUAUUGGACAUACAAAAGGCCGGCCAUUAACUGCUCGGUCCGCACUUGUGCGUAACACGCUGAGUGACGAGCUUAGAUUCGGGUCCGCAGGUCAGCAACAGUGUCGUCACUGCGCCACCAGCCACAAGGUGGGGCAAUUCGAAAGUGCUACAACAAAAGAUAUUUCGCAUAGAAAAAAGAACAGCCACACAAUCAACAGCAAUAAUGAGACUGAUGAUGAAGCAUCUCUGCUAGCACAACAACUGGCACAGAUCGAUGAAGAGGUUGCACACUUGUUGGCCUUGAAGGCGAAACUCGGCGAUGGUCCAGCAACGCCACAAAAGUUUACGCUUAAAACGCCUAAGGGCACGCGUGAUUAUUCGCCCCAGCAGAUGAUGUUGCGUCAAGGUGUGCUGGAUAAGAUCAUUGCUGUUUUCAAGAAGCAUGGUGGCGAAGCGAUUGAUACCCCGGUCUUUGAGCUGAAGGAGGUACUCACGGGCAAAUAUGGCGAAGAUUCAAAACUGAUCUACGAUCUCAAAGAUCAAGGUGGCGAAAUUUUAUCGCUGCGCUAUGAUUUAACUGUUCCACUGGCACGUUACCUAGCGAUGAGCAAAAUAUCCACUCUAAAGCGUUACCACAUCGCCAAAGUGUAUCGACGUGAUAAUCCCGCUAUGACACGUGGCCGUUAUCGUGAGUUCUAUCAGUGCGAUUUCGAUAUUGCCGGCACAUUUGAUCACAUGCUGCCCGAUGCCGAGUGCGUAAAAAUUGUUGCGGAAGUGCUGGACGCACUAGACAUUGGUGAAUAUGUGAUUAAAAUCAAUCACAGACAAUUGUUGGAUGGCAUGUUUGAGGCUUGUGGAGUGCCCGCCGAUAAGUUUCGCACCAUUUGCUCGGCUGUUGAUAAAUUAGACAAGUCUCCCUGGGCUGAUGUGCGUAAGGAGAUGAUCGAAGAAAAGGGGCUGGAUCCAGCUGCUGCGGAUAAAAUCGGUGAAUAUGUGCGCCUCAGUGGUGGAUCUGAGCUUUGCGAACAAUUGCUUGCUGACGAAAAAUUGAAAGCAGUACCCAGCGCGGUUAAAGGUUUAGAGGGUAUGCAGCUUUUGCUCAAGUACAGCGCUGCCAUGGGGCUGUCGGGGAAAAUAAGCUUCGACUUAAGCCUUGCACGUGGACUUGACUACUAUACAGGCGUAAUUUAUGAAUGUGUGCUACAAGCUGAGCCGAAGAUAGUGCAAAACGGCGCUGACGGUGCAGAGGAGCAAGGUGCGGUUGGCUCUGUUGCUGGCGGUGGUCGCUACGACAAUCUGGUCGGUAUGUUUGAUGCAAGGGGCAAACAGGUUCCUUGUGUGGGUGUCUCUAUUGGUGUGGAACGUAUUUUUUCUGUAUUGGAAGCCAAAAAUGCUGCAGCCGGUGUAAAGACGCGAACCAACGAGGUGGAAGUCUAUGUGGCUUCUGCUCAUAAAGGUUUACAUGAAAAGCGUUUGUCCAUCUUGAACACCCUGUGGGAGCAGGGAAUUAAGGCUGAGCACUCAUACAAACUGAAUCCAAAGUUACUGGCGCAACUACAAUACUGUGAGGAGAAUCAAAUACCAUUGGCCGUUGUGUUUGGCGAUUCAGAAUUAACGAAAGGCAUUGUGAAGCUACGUGAAGUGAAUACGCGGAAGGAGGAGGACGUACCAUUGACGGAGUUGGGAGAUGAGAUAAAGAAACGUUUACGUAAUUAAAUAGUAUUGGCUAUUCGCGUGAUUAGUAUACGGCAGGCUUACAAUAGAUUCAAUUAUUUAUUUAUCACAAAGUGAAAUUCUAAAAUAAUUAAAAUCUAUGAAAUAACAACCAAUGUGAAAAAGAAACUUAUCCAAAAAAACGAUGCUAAAAUAAAUAGUUAUACAAAAACGCAUUUACUGGGCACAACAACAGAAAAAUUGUUUUUUGUUUGUACUUUAGCUUAAAGCUAGAAAUUACAUUUAUAAUUUAAAAAUUACUUUAAGUAAGAUC